AUGUCUUUCUUGGCUGCUGACGCUUUGCAAGAGAGGUGCGACGCCAUUCGGGCCAUGCCACAGCACGACCGACCACCCGAUGCGCUACGUAUUUUCUCGCAAACGGUGCAGGAACUUCAGCGGGUUGCCAAGGAGAAGAUGCGGCACUGGUACGCUGUCACGGGGCAGACGGCUCGAGGCAGUGCUGAGGUGGAACAACUACAACAACACGACCAGGCACACACGUUGCGGAGGCAGGCACUGAUGGUACUACACCGUGCUGUGGACGUUGGUAACGAGAUACGUGCCUUGUGUCUCACGAGACGGAGCCCUUGCAGUUCCGGCGAUAGCAAGCACAAGUUAGGUGGCGAUGGCACAGCUGUACAGAGGGACAGCAACACCGUCCAGUUGCGGCAGCCACCGCUUAUAGCAGCACAGAUGCUACUGCUUAUUCGAAGAACCCAUGCCAUGGUGAAGGAGAUACUUGUCUCGGAGAAUGCUGGCGGUAAUAAUGGCAAUGCGGUGGAGGCUGACGUCACCUUACACCGGGAUACUCUUAUGGCCAUCCAACAUGCAAAGCAUGCCCAGGACAUUGCGAAGCGAGUCGCCGUCAUUCUUCGACAGGAGCGAGAGGCGGCGGAGACGUCAAGGGUGGCUGAGAAUGGGGCUGCCAUGCGUCAGAUUGCAAGUAUGGAGGGGGAGUGUAACUCCCUUCAGUGUGCCAAAAAUGAGAUGCAACUGGCUUUUCUGCGUGCUCGUGUAGGGCAGCAUGAAAAGGCCACGCAGCAUUGCCGGGCGGCAGAGCAGCUUCUCACAUCGCUUAGCGUGCACGACACAAGCACCAGAAACGGCCAAGAAUGGAUGGCUGCGGAGGCAAAGCGACUCCUCCCUGUGGCACUGUUCAAAUGGGGAGGGUAUCUGGAGCAACUCGCCGAUGGGGAGCAGGAUCAAGGGCGACGGCAGAGUCUUCUUAACGAGAGAAACGUAUUACUAGAACGUGCUCGUGAAGUGGUACAACAAUUUUCAACCCCUACCCACUGGCUACAUCAGCAGCUGCAACAGAACCCAGGAGCCCCUCUUGGUUCGUCUCUGGUAGCUGGUGGAGCUGCAGUGUGGGAGGAGCAUCCCAACCCCCACGGGACGGCGGCGUACGUCUUCCCUCCAGUUUUACAACCGCAUGCUAUGGAGCACCUCAAAACAAGCGUGACGAGUGUGCCACCGUCUGGUAGGUCAACGAUGCCGAACUCGUUGCUUGAUUUCCCGGCGCGUCUAUAUCAGCUGAAAAGUCCCAAUAAUCAGUAUUCUGCAACACACCGUGCUUCCAGGAUCAUCUCUCCUUUGAGCUCGGCGAGCUCACCUAUCCACGCUCGUAAGUUGUUGGGGAUGGACGGUAUGCAUGGCAGAAGGAUAUUUUCACGGUUACACUCCAAUGACAAUUUCUUUCGUGCGAGGCAUAAAUCGACAGAGGUGAGUUCAGCUGUAAUGCAGUGCCACCGCCUUCGUAGCCCCAGCGACGCCCUGCGACUGGGUGGUAUCACGGUGGUUGACACGCUGUAUUCUCGGCAGCACGCCGAGAUAGAGGCGGAGAAAAAAAAGAAGGAGGAGGAGAAAAAGAUGCGACAGCGCAAGCGCCGUCAGCGCUCAUUCUUACCGGAACACCAUGUCUUCGGUGAGGACGUUCCCAUCUCCGAGGAGAAGAAACAGCAGGGAAAGAAGAGGAAGCAGCAGCGGGAAAGAAAGCCCGGGAAGCGGUACGCGUUUGGAGGUGGCGACUAUGAGGGGGGCGAGGGGCGGGAUGUCCAUGUGGAGGGUAUAAACGAAGAAGCAGGCGAGCAACUUUCCGAGCGACGGAGGAAAAGAAAGAAGCAGCGGCAGGCGAUGGAGGGGGAAGAGCAUGUAGACGAACACGAACACCACGAGGGUGCAGCGGGGAGUGAGGAAGCGGUAGUGGGCAGGAAUACAAACAAGACGCUCGCGCGAAUGAAGCUGAGGCCUGAAGGCAUCCCACAGAGCCUCUCCGUCACCUCUGUCACUGUACCCACCUCCCUCUCACCGGAACAGCCAACGCAGUUACCAGGGGAUUUGAAAUCCGGUAAACGUGCCGUCGAUGACGCAGAAGUAGCGGUGGAAGGGGUCCGCGACAGCGAGGAAAACGACAUGGAACGUGUUGUCACACGCCCCUUCACGACGGCGGGAAUGAAAUCCGCGGACACCGGGGCGCUCGACACGUCGCAACGCCUCAGUAUGGCAGAUGCAUUGACUUUCAAAGGACCUGGGUCCAUUAGUCUCCGUACACAAGAAAAAGCGGGGUCCAAGGCAGUGGAAGAGGAGGAAGAGGAAGAGGAAGAGGAAGAGGAAGAGGAGGACGAGGAGGGAGCUGAAAAAAGUGAGGAGGAAGAUGAAGAGGAAAAGGAGACCGUGGAGGAGGCAAAAGAACGCUGUGAAACGGAGCUCCUCGUUUAUUUCAAUGUUAUGCAUCAGCGGCGAAUGAGGGCGGCGUGCUGUAUUCAGUGCGCGUGGCGUAGUAACCGUGCCCGCCACAUGUUGCGGGAGCGCCAACAAGUGCUCUACCGGGAGGUCUACUGUAUGCAAAAGGCUGCUGCCAUGUGCAUUGAAGGGAUGCUGAGCUGUAUUAUUGAGCAGCGUAAACUUCGGAAAAAACAGGAACGAUGUGCCUUGGUUGCGGAGGAGCGUGUGGCACGGGAAGAGAAGUUAUUUAAGAGUGCGCUUGUCAUCGCCCGCUACGUAAAGGUCUUUGUGUGCCGAAGACGCCGGGAGAGGCAACUCUGUAAAUUACUUGCACUACGUGGUGUGGAGGAGCUGAAGUUGCGUGAGGUGGUGGCUACGAUUUUGGCGCGUUGGUGGCGCAUUAUUGUCCCCCGCAAGGCGUAUUGGCGGAGGCGCACGCAAGAGGUGGAGGAGCAGCAGCGUCGUGAAGAGCUGCACCGGCAGCAAACGCAUGCGGCAACACAAAUUCAGCGCCGCUUUAGGGGAAUCUUGGGCAGGCGGGAGGCUUACGCAAGGCGGGAACAGCUCGUGGAGGAGCAUCGCUCGCGUCAGCGCCGCCUGCGGGAUUGUACGGACCUCGUUCGUCUCUGUCUGCAGGAGUACACGCGGCGAUGCAAACGGCUUAGGCUGGAGGCAGAGCAGCGUGUCGUUCGAGAGGAGGAGGCAGCUGCUGUCAUACAAAAUGGCUGGAAGGCGGCACUUAAGCGGCAGAUGCUACACAACGUUUUGCUUCGUUGUCGUCGUAUUGUGAGGGCGGUGCUGACAAUACAGCGCGCCUACCGUCGAUUCUGCGCCGGACGCGAGAUUCGCUACCUACGAAGGGUGCAGCUGGCUAUGAAUCAGGAACGCCUGGACCAUGAAUACCGCGUCUUCCGUGCGACCAUGGUGCUUCAGUGUUUUGGACGCAUGGUGGUUGCCAAGCGCACGGCGCGACAUCGGCGUGCGGCUGUUGGGCGCGGAUUCUUUCUUUCUGCCAUGACCAUCCAAAGUCUCUGUCGCGCCGGCACGGCCCGUGCGCAGCUUGGGUAUGCUUUCCACCUCCGGCGUGGGGCGGCUGAGCAGCUUGCGGCCGCUGUUCAAAUGCAUAAGGAGCGAACGGUGAGCCUAACCAACGCGUUUUUGCGGGCCCGCGAGAGUUGCUUCCUCACAGAAGGGCGUCGUUGUCGCCGGUUGGCGGAAAAAUUGUAUAUACACCGCCAUGUCCGCCGUGAACUUCGCCGCGACAAGUCCGCAACUAUCAUUCAGCGCGCCGUGCGUCGCUGGCUGGCACGCCGUCGUAAACGGGAGGAGGAAGAACGAGCACGCGCGCUGCGAGUUCUCAUCCUCGCGUCUGCAGUUCGUAUUCAGUCGGUGAUGCGAGGUUUUCUGGCACGGCAGCAAUACCGCCUGCGUCAAUAUCUGGCGCAGCGUCAAGCGCGGAAGCGGGAGGAAAUGGAGGAUGUGAUGGUGCAGCUGUGGGUAGACGAGUGGCGGGCAGCGCUGCUGCAGGCCGAGCACGACCGUCGCCGUAUUGAGACACGCGAAAAGGAACACCGCGGGACCUUGGGGCUCCUUUAUAAGCAGGGAUUGAUGGGGCUUGUCCAGAUGGCCAUUUUGGGAAUCAAAUAUGUCCAUGAGGAGGAUAAGGAAGACGAUGAGAGUGAGCGUAGUCUUUCCACCUACAGGGACGACUCAUAA